AUGUCGCUGCCCAAAGCCCUGGAGCGAAUGCACUUGGGGCAACGAAGCAUAAUAGUUCCACAACCUCAGCUUGGCGAAGAAGCGCCCGCGAAGGUCUUCAGUGCAUUGGCGCAACAGAAGCACUCUCUCCAACAGCUGCAGUACUCAGACAAGAACUUUGCAAUGGACCAAAAUGAUGACCUGCCAGAAGGUUGUAGAGGCUUCGCUGAGUUCCCACAGCUACGAAGCAUUGUACUGGAUGGAAAACACAAUCAUUUCAUCACGAGUGCGCUCAUGGACCAGCACAGAACGGCUCCUAGCCUGACCUCCUUGACAGUCAAGGGACGGCCUAGCUCCCGGAACAGAUGGACAUCCAUGUCUAUCUCCGACAAAGACACAAGAUGGCCAGCCGCCGCUGUCGCGGCUUCACGAACGCUAUCGGAGCUGACGAUGGUGAUGGAGAAGGAUUACCUUACGGGAAGGUAUACGAGGAUUCGAGCUGACGAUUGCGAUGCUCUGAUGCGAGCGGGCCAGACGUACAAAAGCAGAGGCAUCUUGCUUCGUGUCUACGUGCUUAGGUCGAGAGGGGCUGUCGAACCGAUUUUGUAUGAUGAGAAAGAACCGCUCGAGGAGUUGAUUUAUUGUUCGGAGGAGGGACCGUCGGCUGCUUUUGCUCAAGUCAUGAAGCGGUUUGCUGAAGAGGUUCCUGGGUGA